GGGUGGCGCACAGCGGCAGCAGAGCGCAGGGGAGGGGACCGGAGGAAAGGGGAAGAGCGAGCGCGAGGAGAGGAGGGGACCCGCCGCCUCCCUCCUGUGCUCACCGACUCGCUCCCUCCCGGGCUGCGGCUGCUGCAACGGCGGCGGCGACUGGAGCCGUCCAGAGGCAGGCGUCGAGGAUUUGCUACUGUCUCUGCUGUUCCCUCCUCCCCACAGGGGCCCUCUCCCCUCUCCCAUCUCAAGAUGGCAGCCAGCCCCUCUGAGGUCUCUGAGAUGAAGGGAGUGGAAGAGAUUCCUGAGACCCAGGGAGAAGGGCAUAGCAAUUUUGAAGCUGGAACUGGUCCUCUUCCAGUCCUAGCGGGGGUCCCAGACCAGCCAGAGGCUCUGCAGCCAGGCCCAGACACAACUGCAGCCCCUGUGGACUUGGGGCCAAAUGCUGGACUGGCUCCAGAAACCACAGAGACCCCAACUGGAGCCCCAGAAACAGUCCAGGCUAUAGACCUUAGCUUAAACCCAGGAGGGGAAUCAAAGGCCAACUCCAGCCCUGGAGAAGCAUCCCAAGAGCCAGCGUCCAAACCAGCAGUGAACAAAGAGGCCACUGCAGACCAGGAGUCAGAGCAGGAGUCUGCAGCACCACCUGAGCCAGCCUCAGAGCCUGCUACCAAGCUAGACACCCAGUCAGACCCUCAGCCAGCCUCCCAGCCCACUCCCAAACCUGUCCAGCCAGAGCUCCCUACCCAUGAGGACCCCACCCUUACCGAGAAUGUAGGGGAAAAACAAGAAAAUGGGGCAGUGGUCCCUCUGCAAGCUGGUGAUGGGGAGGAGGGCCCAGCCCCCCAACCUCACUCACCCCCUUCAACAAAACCUUCCCCAGCGAAUGGGGCUCCUCCCCGGGUACUACAGCAGCUUGUUGAGGAGGACCGAAUAGGAAGGGCUCCCAGUGGGCAUCCAGGAUCUCCUCGAGGUAGUCUGAGCCGCCACCCCAGCUCCCAGUUGGUAGGCCCUGGGGUGGAGGGGGGUGAAGGCACCCAGAAACCUCGGGACUACAUCAUCCUUGCUAUCCUGUCCUGCUUCUGCCCCAUGUGGCCUGUCAACAUCGUGGCCUUCGCUUAUGCUGUCAUGUCCCGGAACAGCCUGCAGCAAGGAGACGUGGAUGGGGCCCAGCGCCUAGGCCGAGUGGCCAAGCUCUUAAGCAUCGUGGCACUGGUAGGGGGGGUCCUCAUCAUCAUUGCCUCCUGCGUCAUCAACUUAGGCGUGUAUAAGUGAGGGCUCUGCCCUGCAUUCCAGACUUUUCUUCCUGUUGGGAGCUGCCUUGGGCCCAUCCCUCCCAUGGGGGGGAGCCCAAUUGAUGACCCUGGCCCCCAUGCCUAGGGACCAAGGGAGCCUGAGCGGCCUUGUUUACAGCUUCUUUCCUGCUCCUGCAUCCUGCCAGGCUCCUCUGCCAACGUUAGGCUUCCCUUCUCCCUGCACUGUUUUCAACUUCCUGCACUUUUGUGUGUUGAUAUGUCCCCUCCAGCCUCUUGGCUUCCCUAAUCCUGCACUUAUGGAAACCUCUCUGCACAUCUCCCAAACUCUCCGUGUUCUCAGCCACCCUGCAUCUCUUCCAGCCUCCUUGCACUUCCAGUCUCUCUUCUCUGGCCUGUUCCUAACUUCCAUUGUCUUGGCAUCUAACCCAUUCCUUUCCUCCUUCCCUUUAUCAUCUGUACCCUUUCCAUAUCCCCCUUCCUUAUUCUGCCUCUUUCUCAUCCCUUAGCAUCCUCUUCUCCACCUUCCUGGCACCAUUUGGUCUGCAAGAACCCCAGCACUUAGAUCAGGCUCUGGGAGGUGGAGUGGUGUCUUGGAGGGCUGCCUAGCUCGGGGCUCCGAAUGUUCUCCCCAGGGAGCCCGGACCCUCUGCUCCCCUUCCUGCAAGGCGCCUGUUGGGUCGCAGAGGAGGCAAGCCAGCCUCUCUUGGGGACUUACGCUAGGGAGUUCCGGUUCUAAACGCACCAGGGAGGAGGGAGGGGCGCAGCGCCUGAAGGAUCAGUGGAAGGUUCGGUGAGCGCCGACCCGCCCACUUGAGCUUUUAACUAAGAGAGUUUCUUGUUUGAAGGUGUCAGGAAGGGGAGCUCGGGUCAUUCAUGAAAGAGAGAAAGAAAGAAAGGAAAAAAAAGAUCUAAGCUCCCGGCUGCUGGGAGCGACGCAUUAACGGGAGGCUCUAUAAUUAUUUUCUAAGAGGACCAGGGAGGUUUGUUGCGCGCGACAGCCUACUGAGGAGGCAGAGAGCCAGCUGCGACGCAGUUCGGAGUUGGCAGAGUUUUUUCUAAAAAAAAAAGUUGGGGAGAAAACAAAUUCCUUUAAAACAAGAUAUAUAAAACUGAAUUUCCCCUUUGUAUGCUGGAUGCUGCAUGAGUCUGAAACACCAAUAAACGGAGACUGCAUGAGA